CGGGCCUAUAUAUCCAGCCGGUCCCACUGCCCCCACACUCACAGCAUCCUCUGCUGGACUGAGGGUUCCUUUCUGGUUCGGGGGAGACAAGAGUGAGUAGCGGCAUGGCGUCGGACGCAGAGAUGUCGGUAUUCGGGGUGGCGGCCCCGUUCCUGCGCAAGCCUGAGAAGGAGAGGCUGGAGGCGCAGAACAAGCCCUUCGAUGCCAAGAAUUCCUGCUUUGUGCACGAUGACAAGGAGCUGUAUGUGAAGGGGACCGUCGUCUCCCGCGAUGGCGGCAAAGUCACCGUCAAUACCGUGGAUGAUAAGACGGUUACAGUCAGGGAAGACCAAGUUAACCCCCAGAACCCCCCCAAGUUCGAUAAGAUUGAGGACAUGGCCAUGCUGACCCACCUGAACGAGGCGUCGGUGCUGUACAACCUGAAAGAGCGCUACGCGGCCUGGAUGAUCUAUACCUACUCCGGCCUCUUCUGCGUCACCGUCAACCCCUACAAAUGGCUGCCAGUGUACAACCCCGAGGUUGUCGCCGGUUACAGGGGCAAGAAGCGCCAAGAAGCUCCGCCCCACAUCUUCUCCAUCUCAGAUAACGCCUAUCAGUUCAUGUCACAAGAUCGUGAGAACCAGUCAAUCCUGAUCACCGGAGAAUCCGGGGCCGGAAAGACUGUGAACACCAAGCGCGUCAUCCAGUACUUUGCAACAAUUGCAGCUAUUGGCGACAGCAAGAAGAAGGAAUCAACCAACAGACUGCAGGGGACGCUGGAGGAUCAAAUCAUUCAGGCCAACCCCCUGCUCGAGGCCUUCGGUAACGCCAAGACGGUCAGAAAUGACAACUCCUCUCGCUUUGGUAAAUUCAUCAGGAUCCACUUUGGAACCACAGGAAAACUGGCUUCCGCUGAUAUUGAAACCUAUCUCCUGGAGAAAUCCAGAGUUACGUUCCAGCUCUCAGCAGAGAGGAGCUACCACAUUUUCUACCAGAUCCUGACCAACAAGAAACCCGAGAUCGUCGAGAUGCUCCUUCUGACCACCAACCCGUACGACUAUGCCUUCAUCAGCCAGGGGGAGAUUGCAGUGAAGAGUAUCGAUGACGAAGAGGAAUUGAUGGCUACGGAUAGCGCCAUAGAUAUCCUGGGCUUCACUACUGAAGAAAAGAUGGGGAUAUACAAGAUGACGGGAGCAGUCAUGCACAAGGGAAACAUGAAAUUUAAGCAGAAGCAGAGAGAGGAACAGGCUGAGCCCGAUGGCACAGAAGUUGCUGACAAAAUCGGUUACUUGAUGGGUCUGAACUCAGCCGACUUGUUGAAGGCCCUUUGCUACCCGAGGGUAAAGGUUGGAAAUGAAUUUGUCACGAAGGGGCAAACUGUCCAACAGGUGUACAAUGCCAUCGGUGCCCUCAGCAAGUCUGUUUAUGAGAAGCUUUUCUUGUGGAUGGUCGCUCGUAUCAACCAACAGUUGGACACCAAAUUGCCCCGACAGUACUUCAUUGGUGUGUUGGAUAUUGCUGGGUUUGAAAUCUUUGAUUUGAACAGCUUGGAGCAGCUCUGCAUCAACUUCACCAAUGAGAAGCUCCAACAGUUCUUCAACCACCACAUGUUCGUGCUGGAACAGGAAGAGUACAAGAAGGAAGGCAUCGAUUGGGAGUUUAUUGACUUCGGCAUGGAUCUGGCUGCCUGUAUUGAGCUCAUUGAGAAGCCCAUGGGCAUUUUCUCCAUCCUUGAAGAGGAGUGCAUGUUCCCCAAGGCCACCGAUACCUCCUUCAAGAACAAGCUGUACGACCAGCACUUGGGCAAGUGCAAGAACUUUGAGAAGCCAAAACCCGCCAAGGGCAAAGCUGAAGCUCAUUUCUCUCUGGUGCACUACGCCGGUACCGUGGACUAUAACAUCUGCGGCUGGUUGGACAAGAACAAGGACCCACUGAAUGAGACAGUUGUGGGGCUGUACCAGAAGUCUCCUGUUAAACUCCUGUCCUUCCUCUACUCCUCCUAUUCCGGAGCAGAUAGUGCUGGAGAUGGUGCAAAGAGUGGAAAAAAGAAGAAAGGUUCAUCUUUCCAGACUGUGUCUGCACUCUUCAGAGAAAACUUAAAUAAGCUGAUGACCAACCUGAGGAGCACUCACCCUCACUUUGUGCGUUGUCUGAUUCCCAAUGAGUCCAAGACUCCUGGGAUCAUGGAGAAUCAUCUCAUCAUUCACCAACUGAGAUGUAAUGGCGUGCUGGAGGGUAUCAGGAUCUGCAGAAAGGGAUUCCCAAGCAGAAUCCUCUAUGCAGACUUUAAGCAACGAUACAAAAUCCUAAAUGCCAAUGCGAUCCCAGAGGGGCAAUUUAUCGACAGCAAGAAGGCAUCUGAGAAACUGCUGACUUCUAUUGAUAUUGAUCACACUCAGUACAGAUUCGGACACACCAAGGUGUUCUUUAAAGCUGGCCUUCUGGGUGUCCUGGAAGAAAUGCGAGAUGACAAGUUGGCAGAAAUUAUAACAAAGACUCAGGCCCUGUGCCGAGGAUUCCUAAUGAGGGUGGAAUUCAAGAAGAUGGUGGAGAGAAGAGACGCCAUAUAUGUCAUCCAGUAUAACGUCAGGGCAUUUAUGAAUGUCAAGCACUGGCCUUGGAUGAAGUUGUACUUCAAGAUCAAGCCUCUUCUGAAGAGCGCAGAGACUGAGAAGGAGAUGGCAAACAUGAAAGAGGAGUUUGCGAAAACCAAGGAAGCUCUGACUAAGUCCGAUGCAAGGAAGAAAGAACUAGAAGAGAAGAUGGUGGCUCUUCUGCAGGAAAAGAACGAUCUACAACUGCAGUGUCAAAGUGAGUCUGAAAACUUAGCUGAUGCAGAAGAGAGAUGUGAAGGUCUCAUCAAAAACAAAAUUAAUUUGGAGGCCAAGAUUAAGGAGCUGACUGAGAGGCUGGAGGAUGAGGAGGAAAGCAAUGCUGAGCUAACAGCCAAGAAGAGAAAACUGGAGGAUGAAUGCUCCGAGCUGAAGAAAGAUAUUGAUGAUCUGGAGUUGACCUUAGCUAAAGUGGAAAAGGAAAAGCAUGCCACUGAAAACAAGGUUAAAAACCUCACUGAAGAAAUGGCAGGUCUUGAUGAGAACAUCUCAAGGAUCACCAAAGAGAAGAAAGCCCUGCAAGAGGCACAUCAGCAAACACUGGAUGACCUUCAGGCAGAAGAGGACAAAGUCAGUUCUCUCUCAAAGGCUAAAACUAAGUUGGAGCAACAAGUGGAUGAUCUGGAAGGUUCCCUGGAGCAAGAGAAGAAACUCCGUCUCGACCUUGAGAGAGCCAAGAGGAAGCUGGAAGGGGAUCUGAAGUUGUCUCAGGAGACCAUCAUGGACCUUGAAAAUGACAAACAGCAAACAGAGGAAAAAUUAAAAAAAAAAGACUUUGAAAUGAGUCAGCUUCAAUCAAAGAUUGAGGAUGAGCAGACAUUGGCAUCCCAACUGCAGAAGAAGAUCAAGGAACUCCAGGCCCGUAUAGAGGAGGUUGAGGAGGAGAUAGAAGCUGAGCGUGCCGCUCGUGCUAAAGUAGAGAAGCAAAGGUCUGAUCUAUCCAGGGAACUUGAGGAGAUCAGUGAAAGGCUGGAAGAGGCUGGAGGUGCAACAUCUGCCCAGAUUGAGAUGAACAAGAAACGGGAAGCUGAAUUCCAGAAACUCAGGCGGGACCUGGAAGAGUCCACCCUUCAGCAUGAAGCAACUUCCGCUGCUUUGCGCAAGAAGCACGCCGAUAGCGUUGCCGAACUGGGGGAACAAAUUGACAACCUGCAGAGAGUAAAACAGAAGCUAGAGAAAGAGAAGAGCGAACUAAAGAUGGAGAUUGACGACCUUGCAAGUAACUUAGAGAACGUCUCCAAGUCAAAGGCCAACAUUGAAAAAGUGAGCCGUGUGCUUGAGGACCAACUCAGUGAGAUAAAGUCAAGGGAUGAUGAGCACCAACGUAUUAUUAAUGACCUCACUGCGCAGAAGGCCAGGCUGCAGACUGAGACCGGUGAACAGUCCCGUCAGCUGGAAGAGAAGGAGUCUCUGAUCUCCCAGUUGAGCAGAGCAAAGCAGGCCUUUACCCAGCAGACUGAGGAACUGAAGAGACAGCUGGAGGAGGAAUCUAAAGCCAAAAAUGCUCUGGCCCACGCCCUGCAGUCUUCGCGCCAUGACUGCGACUUACUCCGGGAGCAAUUUGAAGAGGAACAGGAGGCAAAGGCUGAGCUUCAGCGCUCCUUGUCCAAGGCCAACACUGAAGUCUCCCAGUGGAGAACAAAAUAUGAGACAGACGCCAUUCAGCGCACGGAGGAGCUGGAAGAGGCCAAGAAGAAACUUGCCCAGCGCCUGCAGGAAGCAGAGGAGCAGGUGGAGGCCGUGAACUCUAAAUGUGCCUCCUUGGAGAAGACCAAACAGAGGCUCCAGGCGGAAGUAGAGGACCUGAUGGUGGAUGUGGAGAGAGCCAAUAGCGCAGCUGCUGCUCUGGAUAAGAAGCAGAGAAACUUUGAUAAGGUACUUGUAGAAUGGAAACAAAAGUACGAGGAAGGCCAGUCUGAGCUGGAAGCAGCCCAAAAAGAAGCCCGUUCCUUGAGCACUGAGAUCUUCAAGAUGAAGAAUGCUUAUGAGGAGGCCCUGGAACAUCUGGAAACCAUGAAACGGGAGAACAAGAACUUGCAGCAGGAGAUCUCAGAUCUGACUGAGCAAAUGGGAGAGACAGUAAAAAAUAUACAUGAGCUGGAGAAGGCCAAGAAGCAGGUGGAACAGGAGAAGGGAGACCUACAAGCGGCUCUGGAGGAGGCUGAGGGAUCUCUGGAGCACGAGGAAGCCAAGAUCCUGCGUAUCCAGCUGGAGCUGAACCAAGUGAAAUCAGAGGUAGACCGGAAGAUUGCCGAGAAGGACGAAGAAAUUGAGCAACUGAAGAGAAACACCCAGAGAGUCAUAGACACCAUGCAGAGCACAUUGGACUCGGAGAUCAGAAGUAGAAACGACGCCCUGAGGCUGAAAAAGAAGAUGGAAGGUGACUUGAAUGAACUGGAAAUCCAACUGGGUCACGCCAACCGCCAAGCAGGGGAGGCCCAGAAGCAGCUGAGGAACGUGCAGGCGCAGCUUAAGGACACACAGCUUCAGUUGGACGAUGCAACCAGGGCCCAAGACGAUAUGAAGGAGCAGUUGGCCGUGGUUGAACGCAGAAAUAACCUGCAACAGGCUGAGAUUGAGGAGAUGCGGUCAGCUCUGGAACAGACAGAGAGGUCUCGCAAGGUGGCUGAGCAGGAACUUCUGGAUGCAAGUGAACGUGUUCAGCUCUUGCACUCACAGAACACAAGUCUCCUAAACACCAAGAAGAAGCUAGAGAGUGACAUCGUUCAGUUGCAGAACGAGGUCGAGGAGUCUGUUCAGGAAGCCCGGAAUGCUGAGGAGAAAGCCAAAAAGGCCAUCACAGAUGCUGCCAUGAUGGCAGAGGAGCUGAAGAAGGAGCAGGACACCAGUGCCCACUUAGAGAGGAUGAAGAAGAAUCUGGAACAGACCGUGAAGGACCUACAGCACCGCUUGGAUGAAGCUGAGCAGCUGGCAAUGAAGGGAGGCAAGAAGCAGCUCCAGAAACUGGAGUCUCGGGUGCGCGAGCUGGAGAAUGAACUGGAUGCCGAGCAGAAGCGCGGCUCCGAGGGCAUCAAGGGAGUGCGCAAGUACGAGCGAAGAGUGAAGGAACUGACCUACCAGACCGAGGAGGACAGGAAGAAUGUGCUGAGACUGCAGGACCUGGUGGACAAACUGCAGCUGAAGGUCAAGGCCUACAAGAGGCAGGCUGAGGAGUCGGAGGAGCAGGCCAAUGCCUACCUGGCGCGCUUCAGGAAGGUGCAGCACGAGCUGGAGGAGUCCGAGGAGAGGGCCGACAUUGCCGAGUCCCAGGUCAACAAGCUCCGAGCCAAGAGCCGGGACAUUGGCAAGAAAGGAGAAAAUGAGUAAAUCCGGCCUGAGAUACGGGUGCCAGGGAUACGGGUGCCAGGGAUACAGGUGCCUGGAAGGGGGCGCAAAAUGCAGGUUUCCCCCUUAGAUUUCCUUCCAUCACCUCCAUAUUGGGCUCUGUAUGUUUGUACAAUAAAUGCACGGGAACUGGAA